GGAUUUUUUAAUUUUUUAUUUCUUUACCCCCCCCAUUCUUCUUGUCUCUGUCUCCAUCGCUCAACGGACGGUGUUUGACAGCUUCACCGGGAGGAAUACUCUUACCUAUCCACCGGGGGAGAGGUGCCUCUGCUGCUGCUGGUGCUGCCGGUGGAGGGGGAGCUCUUCGGGGGGGGCAGACAGGUGGAUUUAUCCGUGUGCUGCUGCUGCUGGUGCUGCUGGUGUGUUGUCUUUCCCUGUAAUUUUUUUUGGGAGGGGGGGUGGAUUGGAUGGAUGGAUUAAUCUGACGGAGGAGAGUGGUAUGUGACUCCCACUCCUCCCCGGCCGAGGGCACCCGAAUGGAGUAACAGGCUGCAAUGUCAUCUCCACCUGGCCGCCUGGAGAGAUGUGUCACGGGAAUGGGAUCAAGUUUGAACACUUUUCCUCUGGUUUCAUUGACGCAGUGAGAAGGAACAGAAAUGCCAGUGAGCAGCGGACAGGUCACGGUGGCUGCGCGCACGGGCGCACGCACCGCGGCACCAGAGCGCAGCAUUCGUUCUCGCACGGACUCCGCAGAAGAAGGCGCAAAACCCCCGCCACCGCAAACCCGCAGCUGCCGCGCUUUGUGACACCGAAGGGUAUGAUGGGUGUAGUGGGCUGGAUUUUACUCCUACUCUCCCAAAUGAUGGUGCCUGUGGCGUCUCAGAAGCCUCCAGGGCUCAACGUGGGUGUGAUCAUGGGCCAGACGCGACCCAUUUCCGAUCAGGAGUUCCAGCCAGUUCGGCGCCCUGAUGAUGCCCUUGACAUCUCCGUGGUAGCACUGAGGAUCAACGAGACUGACCCAAAGUCUGUGAUUACGCAGGUGUGUGAGCUUCUGUCACGCACUCGUCUCCACGGCCUUGUGUUCGCCGAUGGCACAGAUCAAGAGGCCAUUGCCCAGAUCCUUGACUUCCUGUCUGUUCAGACACAGCUUCCAGUUCUGGGAGUCCACGGAGGCUCCUCGAUGAUAAUGGCUGACAAGGAUGAAAAGUCCACGUUCUUCCAGUUCGGCGCCGCUCUGCAGCAGGAGGCCCUGCUCAUGCUCUCCAUCAUGGAGGAGUACGACUGGCACGUUUUUUCUAUCGUCACAUCAAAGUUCCCCGGGUACCAGGAUUUCAUCAGCACGCUGAAGACAACUGUGGAUCACAGCUUUGUGCGCUGGGACAUGCAGAGUGUGGUGACUCUCGACGCUGUGGAUGGCGACCCAAACUCUAAAUCACACAUCGCCCUCAAGAGGAUUCAGAGUCCUGUUAUACUGCUGUACUGCUCCAAGGAUGAGGCUUUGUAUAUAAUGGAGGAAGCUCGCUCUCUGGGUCUCAUAGGAGCCGGUUACAUCUGGAUCGUGUCCAGUCUCACCACUGGCAACCCAGACUUUACCCCCGAGGUGUUUCCCUUGGGGAUGAUCUCCGUGUCCUACGACGACUGGGAGUAUCCGCUGGAGACGCGGGUCCGGGACGGAGUUGGCAUCAUUACCACUGCGGCCACUUCCAUGCUGCGGGAGAAAGGGGAGCUGCCAGAGGCCCAAAGCAGCUGCUACAGCACAGCAUCAGACCGGAGCCCGGGGAAGCUCCCACCUAGUGCCCUGCGCAGACACAUGAUGCAUGUGUGGAACGAAGGGCGAGACUUAUCGUUCACUCCAGAUGGUUACCAGGCCAACCCCAAAUUGGUUGUCAUCGUCCUGAAUAGUGAAAGGACGUGGGAGAAGAUGGGCCGCUGGGAAAACGGGACCCUGUCGCUGAUGUUCCCCGUUUGGCCGCGGUACAACUGCCACGGGGACGAGGACGCGGACGAAAACCACCUCUCCAUCGUCACCCUGGAGGAGAAACCUUUCGUCAUCGUGGACAACGUGGACAUCCUCACCGGCACCUGCAUGAGGAACUCGGUGCCCUGCCGCAAGCACGUCAAAGAUAACAGCACGUUGGGCGGCGGCUCCUACAUUAAGCAGUGCUGCAAGGGCUUCUGCAUCGACAUCCUGAAGAAGAUAGCGAGGAACGUCAAGUUCACGUACGACCUCUACCUGGUCAACAACGGAAAGCACGGCAAGAAGAUCAACAACGUGUGGAACGGCAUGGUUGGAGAGGUGGUGUACAAGAAGGCAGUGAUGGCAGUGGGGUCGUUGACCAUCAACGAGGAGAGGUCAGAGGCCAUCGACUUCUCCGUGCCCUUCGUGGAGACUGGCAUCAGUGUCAUGGUGUCUCGUAGCAAUGGGACCGUCUCCCCCUCCGCCUUCCUCGAGCCCUUCAGCGCGUCGGUGUGGGUGAUGAUGUUUGUGAUGCUGCUCAUCGUCACAGCCAUCGCCGUCUUCCUCUUUGAGUUUGUCAGUCCGCUGGGCUUCAACCGCAACUUGGCCCAGGGCAAAGACCCACAUGGUCCUUCAUUCACCAUCGGUAAGGCCGUGUGGCUGCUGUGGGGUCUGGUGUUCAACAACUCUGUGCCCGUGCAGAACCCAAAGGGCACCACCAGUAAGGUCAUCGUGUCGGUGUGGGCCUUCUUCGCCGUCAUCUUCCUGGCCUCCUACACUGCCAACCUGGCUGCCUUCAUGAUCCAGGAGGAGUUUGUGGACCAAGUCACUGGACUGUCUGACAAGAAGUUCCAGAGUCCGUACUCCUACUCCCCUCCAUUUCGCUUCGGGACCGUUCCGAACGGCAGCACCGAGCGCAACAUCAGGAAGAACUACCCAGAUAUGCAUCAGUACAUGACCAAAUAUCACCAGACCGGCGUCCAGGAUGCACUAGUCAGCCUCAAGACCGGGAAGCUGGACGCUUUCAUCUACGACGCUGCCGUGCUGAACUACAUGGCCGGCAGGGACGACGGCUGUAAGCUCGUGACCAUCGGCAGCGGUUACAUCUUCGCCACCACUGGUUACGGCAUCGCUCUGCAGAAAGGGUCCUACUGGAAACGGCUGGUCGAUCUGGCCAUACUGGGCAUCAUCGGAGACGGUGAGAUGGAGGAGCUGGAGGCCCAGUGGCUGACGGGGAUCUGCCACAAUGAGAAGAACGAGGUGAUGUCCAGCCAGUUGGACGUGGACAACAUGGCGGGUGUUUUCUACAUGCUGGCCACAGCCAUGGGCCUCGCCAUCCUCACCUUUAUCUCCGAACACCUUUUCUACUGGAGGCUGCGGUACUGCUUCACUGGCGUCUGCACCGGGAGGCCGGGUCUGCUCUUCACUAUCAGCAGGGGUAUAUGGAGCUGUAUCCAUGGCGUUCAUAUCGACAUGAAGAAGAAGGCCCCUGAGCUGGGCUUCAGUCCUCAAGCCAACAUGCUGCACCUGCUCAAGUCUGCCAAGUCCAUGGCUCUGUCUUCUCCCAAACGCAACACUGUCCUCCUGCAGCCCAGCAUCCUCGACAUGAUGAAAGGUAACUCACUCCAUAGUCAGCCUCCGAAGGGUCCUGGUCUCUAUAGCAACGCCGCCGGUCCACAGGGUUUCCUGUCAUUGUCCGGGCGACACAAAAACCUCCUGAACAAUGCUGCACCAUUUCCUGUGCAACAAAAAUCCCCCGCUCUCCAGUCCAGCCCCAACAAGCCUCAGCUGUCAAUCGACAACGACAACGGUAAGGCCCGCCCCCCCGGGCCGGCGGUCGCCGCGUCGAAGCCUCGAGCGCUGUGGAAGAAAAGUGUUGAGACGCUGAAGACGCAGCCCACUGUCGUGUCUCCUGGCGCCGGCCCGAGCCCCACCCCAGCCGCUGGAGCUGGACCUCCAACAAUGAAGAGCCAGCGUUACCUUCCUGAGGAGCCGCCGCACUCGGACAUCUCCGAGUGCUCCAGCCGGCCGCAGUCGCACAAAGAUUCUGACUCCAUGGUGGCGAGGGGCGGAUUUAAACCCGUCAAUCAGCUGAGGAAGAGGGGAGGGGGAGGAGGUGGAGGAGGUGGAGGAGGCGGGAGCGUAGGAUCCAAGAUCUACUCCAUUGACUCUGACCAGGGCAGCCUCCAGUCAGCUCCCCCCUACCAGCGAGACAGCCAGGGGGGAAGUGACGAGCGCAGUUACCCCCCUGACCUGUUUCCACCUGACAACUCGUACUCAGUCACUCACACGCACUCCCACCAGGGGGACGCACCCAUUCAGCAGCUGAGCGCCACCCUGCUACAUCACAGUCACAGCGCUGAGGCCGACCUGCACUCCCUGAAGGACAAGAAGUACAGCACCUACACACACAGCAGUGCCAAGGACAAGGCUGGAGGUUCGUUCGAUGCUCCAGGUGCAGGCACGGGGACACAAGGCAUCAGGCCGGGUCACUGUCGCUCCUGCCUGACCAAGCUGAGCGGUUACUCCGGCCUCUACACCGUUCGCUCGCCACAGGCUCGCUGUGACGCCUGCGCCCACCUAGGCAACCUGUACGACAUCAGCGAAGACCACUUCCACUCGCACUACUCCCACCCACAAACUCACCCACACAGCGGGGACAUGUUUACACACUACCUACCCCAGAGCGAGCUGGGCCUGGUGGGUGAAGGGGACGGGCUCGUCAGCCACUUCGAGCCCUCUCCGCCCUCUCCAUCUCCUCUCCCCUCCUCCGCGUCGGCCCAGCACCUCCAGCUGAGUCGUCAGCACUCCUAUGAGAACAUGAUUCCAGACAGCGUUCCGGAGCGUCAGUCGCAGGCGCACGCCCACCUGCGGGGGCUGAGCCUGCCUGACAGAGAUAGGGAGCGGGAGAUGAUGCUGGACGAGGGGGCCUAUGCUAAUGUUCUCACAAUGCGCUCUGAUCGACCGUUUAGCAGCCGCAGCCCCCCCUCUCCGUCACCCUCCCACCACCACAGUCUGGACGCCCCGAUGCCCCUGCCCCGGCGCUCGAAGAGUCUCUUCCCCGAUCGGCCGUCUCACAACCCUUUUCUCCAGUCGGCCCCCGGCACGACGCAACGAGAGCCCGCCCCCCAGGCUGCCACACGCAUGCCACAGAGAAAUUCUGCCCACGAGCUCUACAAGCAACGGAUGCCGCUGUCGCUUACCCUCGGUAACCAUGGCAGCCAUCACGUCAACCAGCAUGGCGGCCAUGUUGACCAACAAUUGUUCUACCCCCAGCAGGAGGCCCCUGUGGUGGCGUACAUGGUCCCGCCUGCUGCCUCUCAGCCAAUGAGCUAUGUGACAGCGCCGCGAGCCUCCAGCGCAGGCGGCAACCGGCCCCGGCUCUAUCGCCGCAUGCCCAGCAUCGAGUCUGACGUCUGAGGGUCACACACAGCACACUUACUCCCACCAACACACACGCAUGCAAGACAGAGGUGUGUGUGUGUGAUAGGACCGGGCAGCUCUGAUUCUAAGCACACAUACAGAAACACACACACAGACACACACACACACAGGUGAAAGACGGGAAGGUCUGCGCCGGACUCACAGGUUAAUGGUGAUGCUGAGUAAAUAAAUUAUUGUUUCUUUAUCAUGCCCUCUAUAGGGCAGGGUUGGGGCCACAGGGACACCUGGAGGCACAACACAAGAUGAAGAGUGCGUGUGUGAGUGUCCGUGUGUGUAGUCGCCUCAAGCUGUGGGCAACGAGGCAAAGACUGACAGUACGUCUGACAAGACACAUUCAAAUCCUGGUGGAAUAAGAAAGACACUGUGCACGGAGUCCAGCAGCGACAGUGGGACGUGACGGAGGAUGCGACGUGCGAGUGUUUGGAAGAAGAUCCGACCUGUCCCCCUCUCACCAGCCUCUUGGAGAUGAUAGGGACACAGUGAACCCCUUUCUUUCUGAGAAAACACACACAUGCACACACACACAUUUCACCCCAAAACACACACCCGCCCCCUCUCCAGGACUCUCCUGUUGCACUAUGAUUUCCACAGUCAACCCCGUAUGUUGUCUGAGCCUCCAAACUGCACUGCCGGCAUGGCUUAAAGAGUAGUUCACUACACUAGAGUAAUCCUCGACUUGAAUGGAAAUUACUAUCUAUGUAAUAGUCUAGGCUGGGAGGCGGGCAGCUGGUCCCGACACAGGUCUGAGUGUGUCCGCUCCUGCCCGCAGAUGUACAAACACUGGAACACACACACACUGUGUCAGUUUUUUUUGGGGGGGGAUGUAAAAAAAAAACAAAAAAAAACAACAACCAACGACUGUUUGUUUUUGUUGAUGUCAGUUAAAGGAACAUUCCAAAAAGUGGACCAAAAAGUGGCCGCCAGUAAUCGCCUCUCAGGAUGAGAGUGUGUGUUCUAGUGUUUCUAGAUCUAGAGACAUUCAGUAUAGCAUUGUUGCUUCCUCUCUUAGCUAGCCUUCAGGUCAUACUGCAUGCUUCCUACUGCCCUGUGUUACAGUUAAACUCCUAUACAGGGUCAUAUGUGCACACACACACUCACAAACACACACACGUAUAUAUAUGCACACACACACACAUGCACAUACGCAGUAGUCUAAGAUAGUAGUUUAGGGUGGGUGUGUGUGUGUUGAGGCUAUGAGAUAGCUUCUAUUUGUGCACUUUGUAGAUUUUAUACCCUGCCACCUAACACAGACGUUUGACCAAAAACACUUUUAUACUGGAAGAUAUGAAUAUUCUCAGUCAUUCGCUGAAUAGAUGUUUUCUUUUCUCUUAUUUCUCUUGGACAUUGGGUUUUAGGGCACAGCUCUGUCAGUUUCCAUUGUGAGGUCAGAAGUUCUACAGUGUUAGAUAAUGGGUCCAGCAUCAUACAGUAUACACGACACCGACUCUUAAUCUUUCUCCUCUUUUUAAAAACCUUUUCUGUGCUCAUCUGUCGUUCUAGCCUCUCCCUCCUUUUCCUUUUCCUUUUCUUUUUUGUGCUUAUUUUUUCCUAUUUACUCCUUUGUCCUUGGGCUCCUCCCCCGCUUCUUUCUAUAGAGUAGAUUGAGUAUCAGAAGAGUAAAAGUUCAGUCGUGGUGUUUAAAUACUCAACAUAUUGUUGGAAAUCACUUAAUAUCACUAGUUGUAAGAAUUCCUCUGAUUCAACAGCAGCUGUCGUAGGAUGCAGAACUUUUUUACUAAUUACUUUCUAUGUCGAACGAAGAAGAACAAAAAAAAAGAAAAACCCAAGGCCCAUUUUAAUGUGUCUGUGGUGAAUCUAGAGGCUGAGUGCAUCACUGUUGCAGUUUUACUCAUCAAAUUAAUAUUCCUAGACAAGUGCCAGAGUAGCUGAUACUUGUGUGGCACUGAGUUCCAGCAGAGCGAGUCACGUGGCAUCGCAGAGAGUGAGCGAAGUGACUCCUUACAGAGGCAACACACUCACACACACACACACACAUAUACACACACACACACAGACACACACACACUCGACAAGCUGGCAAUGUGUGUAUGAGUGUUCUAGAAAUCCAUAAUCUACUCAGUAAGGGCAUUGAUUUUUGAGCACAUGGAUUUUGAUGGAAAGGGGACUUGAUAUCCCUUUAGCUGUGCAUCUGUCUCUAUUCUCUUUCCUUCUAUUUUCUAUUCUCUCUCUCUUACACACUCACGCAGAGACACACAUAUACAUACACGCAUACGUAUAUCUAUAUAUAUGGCUGCAAGGAACGCAAGACGGUUUGAAACAAAAAAAACGCACCUUUGAACGGUGACCGCUGCCCCUCUUUUCGGUGAUCUUAACAGGUUUGGUGUGUGAGUUAUAUGCACAAUAUCAGGUUGCAAUAUUAUACUUCUGUACAGAGAAAUCUUUGUUUUUCAAUGUUAGAAACUGAUUUCAUUUGUUUGAUUUGAAUGGUAUUAAGUAUUGAAUUCAUUUCAGAAACAACGUGGCUUUUUAUUCUGCUUCUUUAGAGAAAAAAACAAAACAAAAAAAAAGACUGGCAUGUUUUUAGAUUCUCGUGUGACUUUUAUUUUGUAUUUUAAUUUUUUUUCUCUGGUGUGUUGUUGGUUGGUUGGGACCUCACUGUACAGUCCUCACUGCUGGUUAACCAGACUAGUUAACGGCCGCUCCGCUCACUAGUCACUCGUUAGCCGGGUCUCUCAUCCCAAUCACACUCAAUGAAUAAUGAUAGUCCAGCCUGUGCGGCUAAUACCAACCCCCUCCCACCCACAUAGUUCUCUUCCACUACGAGUCUGUGCUGUAUCACCUCUGAGUGUGUGUGUGUGUGUGUGUGUGAGAGAGAGAGAGAAAGUGUGUGCAUGCAUGAGUUUUACACCAUGCAAGCAUUUAUAUAAGACAGUGGAUGACAUGUGUAUUUUGAGGUUGUUUGCGGUGUGUGUGUGUGUGUGUGCUUUUCUGUUCUCUCUUCCCUUCAUCCCACACAUAACAUUUGACCUGGCUCUUACUCAUAACACACAAAUACAGUCUCACAAAACACACACAUAUAUAUAUAUACACACGCACGCACACACACAUUGCGUCUGUACUGUUGUGGUUAAGGCAGUGUGUAGAUCGAGUUUCGUACGUCCACCAUCACAGAGAUUUUUACACCAACCUUUAGUUUUUACUUUGGGGAUUUUUUAUUUUAAAUUGCAUGACGUGCUCGUGUUUCUGGUGGUACCUAUUUUGCUGCAGCACCCGAGUUCUCCCUGAGUUAGACCUACUGGGCUACAUGUACCAACGUCCCCCUCCACCCUGGUUAGUGCACCGUGUCAGACCGGGGGGGGCCCCUGGAUUAUUACACUCCCCCAGCCCCGGCACAAUCCCGGCCGCCGACAGGGAACAUGAGGUAAAUGUUCCCGUCCAGGCUCAGCACAGUUCCUCCUUUGUCCCGAGUGUACACACACAUGUUCAUUUAUCGCUGGGUGGAUGGCGUGCGUUGGUGUUUAGUCCUCUGGGUCUCCCUGCUGUUUAUCUCACUUAUGUAUAAGUUCAGGGGUUUCUAAGCUACUAGUUGUGUUGUAAAUACUACCUUGUCACUCAGUACCUCUGUACAAUCUGUAAAUAAGUAAAGGUUACAUUUUUCUACUUGU